CGACGAUUAUUCUUUCGAAGAGCAACCCAGGGAGAGAAAGGUAGAUUAGCUUCAACCGCCGGCAAACAUGUAAAGAGCUCCAGUUUACGCUGACAUCAACGUUCAUCGUCCUCGGGAGUUCUGAGCCGUUCAACCUCAAUGAACAGUGAUCAGAAUGACUGUGAGGUUGUCAGGAAGUUUGGGAGGGGGAAAUACAGCGAGGUCUUUGAAGGUAUCAAUGUCACGAACAAUGAGAAGCGCAUUAUUAAAAUCCUGAAGCCUGUCAAGAAAAAGAAGGCGCUAGACUACUGCCAUUCACAAUCGCAGGGCAUAAUGCAUAGAGAUGUUAAACCGCACAAUGUGAUGAUUGACCAUGAGCUGCGCAAAUUACGGUUGAUAGCCUGGGGGUUGAAGGAGUUUUACCACCCUGCCAAAGAAUAUGAUGUCAGAGUAGCUUCUCGCUAUGGAACCAACUUAGCACUUAACUUCACAUUUGUGUGCUUCUUUGAAAAGGUGACGCCCGUGUCAAUGGUUCUUGGUACAGAUGAAUUAUAUGCAUAUUUAAACAAGUAUAACUUGGAGCUGGAUCUCCACCUUGAAGCCCUUGUUGGCAGGCACAACAGGAAACCGUGGUCCAGAUUCAUCAAUCCUGAUCACAAACAUCUAUUUUCUCCAGAGGCAAGUCUUUUGAUGGCCCCUUUGUCUUCAGAUGUCCGGAUUUUCCCCACUUCUUUUCCUCAAAUUUCAACUUCUUAUAACCAUCAUCUUACUUGUAAUGCUGGUUAA